CGCGCCAUGACUUGGCAAACAGCACUACACCGCCUCUUAAUUUGUAGUUGUAGCGAGUAAUUUAGCAGUUGACAAUUUACUAAUCACAAUGUGUACCCUCUCCGUCCACAGAAAGCAGCGUGGCCAUCUACUCGGCCACUUCCCGGGGAAGAAUGCAACUGAUCUACGGCGGGCAGCCGUUCAUCUUCGAGAAGACGCUGAAGCUAUCUUCGGGGGAGGAGAAGCGCUUCUGGCGCUGCAACCAGUGGUGGAACCAGAAGUGUCGCUCCCGCGUCUUCACCAUCAAUGAUGUCGUCUGUCCGCUUAACCGAUUCCACACGCACGAGGAGAUUGUGCGGCGCAAGAAGCGCGUGCGUCGGGUGCCGCCUGUGGAGACGAUUGCCAAGGUGGUCACCACCACAGCAUCCAGGCAACAGCAGCAGCUGCAGCAGUCCCAGCAGCAACAAGACAUUCAGCUGACCAGCGAUGCCAUUCUGACCAAUGCUGGAGCCAUGCUCGAGGACGAAUCUCCAGCCACGAUUGAUGUCAGUGAGCUGGGAAUGCAUCUGAAGUACGAGGAAAUCGUAGCGGAUGUCACGGGCAUUGUGGGAGCCACACGAGUGGUCAGUCGACGGAAGUGAUGGCCAACUUUUUACGAAGAUGACUUGAUUUUACUCCAUAGAAAAUUCGAAGCACCAUAAUUUUUUAACUUGCCACGUCUAAAACUAAGAGCUAGAUACUUUUGUUGAAUUUAAAGAAGGCUAAUUACAGUUAUUAACCUAUAUAAAAAAUUUAACUAUUAUUUAAGAUACAAAUAUUUUUAUUUUCCAAACUUUCCCUUCAUAUCUGUUUCGUAUUUGAUAAUGGCUGCAUAAUUUCAUCUGUCAUUUCUGAGAAUCUUCUAUAGAUUAAUUUCUGUACUUUCUGUCGACUCGACUCGUUUUACUCCCUUAGACGGACAAGCUAAGUUAGCAAUUAUGAUUCAGCUUAUAAAAACUUAAAUAUAUGUAUGUAAAUGUAAUAAACGUAAGCCCAAAACAAUGCAAUUGAAUCGUUUUAGAGUCCACGAAACUUCUUCAGCUGCAGUUUGAGUACUCUCCAACCUAAAUCGCGCCUUACUAACCAACCGGAUCACACACUUUUUCUUCCAGGUGAAGCUCCUCAGUUUUACUUCAGCAAGGGUCAGCGUGAGUCCAUCAAGCUGAACUACGGCGGCCACAGCUACGUGAAGUUCAUGGAGAACGGUCGCGGAACCAAGUGGAUCUGUGCCACCCGCUCCACCACAAAGUGUCGUGCCCGCAUCCGCACCACGAAAAAUAAUCGCCUGGAAGUGCUGCAUGCCCCCCACAAUCACGACCUUUCGCCAACGAAGAAAGAACGAGGACGACAUCGUCAAAGGAUGAAGUCCGGAAAGUAAUUGAGAGUAACUAGCAACACAGCCAACUUUUUACUAGGGGCUUUCUAGUAUUGAAAUACUUUUUAUUCCUUUUCAGUGUGCAUUAUAUGAUUUUUGUAAUGCGAAGAAUGAUCUUAUCAGACUAUUUGUUUAUAAUAUAAGCAAACUAAUACUGAAGAUGAAGAACCUAAAUUUUGUAUUCCAAUUUGAAAAGACGUUUUUAUCAUAUCACUUUUAAAACAAUUUUGUUUUAGUUUGCUUUAAAAAUGUGUGUUAUAGCCAACUGUUUUUCCAAUAAGUUUAAUUUGUAAUUAACACAUACAGCCAAAUGUUUGUCUUCUUUUUUAAAUUACUUUUUAAACUAUUUAAGAUACGACAUUUCUGAACUAGCCAUAGGUAGAUUGAUAUAUUGUCCAUAUCUACUAAACAACGAGUUAUAGCUCAUAAAGCAUAUUUUUUUUAUUGAUAGAAAUAACUUGUUUUGGAUUCCGAAACGCGUAAGAACUUUACCGCUAUAAAUAAAAAUGCUGAAGACUUGCGAAAUGAUUCAAACAUUCUAAUCAAUUGAAGAAUCAAUUAUAAUAAAAUGUUGAUAUUGGUGUGAAAUCUAAUUCAUAUAUAUAAAUCCCUCUUUGAUGAUGAAGAGUUUUCUGCUUUCUCCGUAGCAUGUAUUAUAUUGAAACAUGAAAAGCACAUCCAAGCACCCCCCGGGCAUGUGAUGCAAAAAGUUUUGACCUUUUUCAAGUUCUUCCUGCCGGCCUUAAGACAACUGACACAUUGUCCACAAGCUCUAGGUCCGACCAGCAUAAGAUAAUGCUGAUUCCAGGAGGUACUAACUAGAUUUUCCAUAUGGUCAAACCUAAAGGUCGUAAGCUUUUUUGUCGCAUCCAUUGUUAAUUUUGGAGUGCCCCGUAGUGAUUGUUCUUUUCCGGCAGGAACCUU